ACAUGUCGGCUGCUACCGAAUUCGCCGUUAUGAGAUGGCUGGACGACGGAAAUCGCCUGUCCGUACAUGCUACGAAAUACGUUAUCGAGCCGAAACAGCAAACUUACAAACCAGGUGACACAGGCUUGUCCGUUUUCAAAGGGUAUCCUGGGAAAUGGAAAUAUCGUGUUUUGUACGCAAGCAACACCAAAAAAGAAGCUGAGUUAUGGCUGAGAAAGAAUCAGCAAGAACUGCUGGUUGACGUCACUGACAGUUUCUGCAAUGACCCCCCUACAAAUGCAAAUGAUCAUGCCCCGAAGAAAAAACCCUCCCAGAGUGUGAGUUCAGCCCUGAAUAAAAAAACCUCCCAGAGUGUGAGUUCAGCCCUGAAUAAAAAAACCUCCCAGUGUGUGAGUUCAGAUGAGAAAGUACAGGCUAUGCUGAACAUGGCCAAGGAGAUGCCAUUUGCUACAAAGGUGGCUGAAACAUCAUCUGCAAAUAUGGAAAUUCAAGACUUAGAUGAAUCAAGUGAUGAAGAAGAGGAGAAGAGAGAGGUGGUUACUAUUGAUUUAGAAGCAGGUGAUGCAGCAGACUGUUAUUGCUUGAACUGUCCUUACAAAGAAAAAGUGAGGCAGUUGGAAGAGCAACUUAUGAAACCUGAGGGCAGAGGUACAAUGACUGCAGGUGUGUAUAGUGAGGAGGAGUGUGAUAAAGAAAACCUCGUAGAAAUCGUGCCAAACACGGGUGUGGCUAUACCUAAACACUUAAAAGCAGUAGUGUUUAGUAACUGCAGGACAAGAAAAGCUUUGGCCACAAACUUAUUCAGGGCUUUUUACACAUCAGAUGACAUGGUUAAGGCAAAGAGCUUGAAUAAUCUUAAAGACUCUGAUAGAAUAAUUCCCGCUGUAAUUUCAUGUGCCAUGAGGUUUAAGAGUGAAUUAAAGCCAGUGACAGCUGCUCAACUAAAAAAGGCUCUGCAUAAUGCAGUGUCCUAUGAAAUCAGGGACAAAUCUUUAAUGAACAAGAAGCGCAAGGCAAUGAAGGAGAGGGAAGAGGAUCAUUACGGAGAAGUUCAAAUGGACUGAGUGACAUGGAUUUUUUUUAUAAUUAGGGUCCUGAAAUAAAGCUUAUGAACACA